CGGACUUUUUGAUUUGCACCUCCAGGAGAAUGUUUACAGUUUGAAGCCCACACAUUUACUCAUUCGAUAACGAUUUUUCUUUUGAUACUUAAUUUUAAAUAUUGUUUAUAAACUUACGCCAAGAGUUAACCUGAUGUCAUGUUAAGUAAAAUCCAAACACGUAUGAGUGCGAUACUUUUUCAACAUGAGCAGCUCGGAUCCUUCCCUGAAAAAGAAAAGCUACAUGGGACAGCACCAGAUCAAGAAGAAAAGGGACUUCCUAGCUCCUGAUGAAUCACGGUACGGAGCCUCCAGUAAAACCCGGUUUUUGUCUGACAAAACAAACAGACCAGAGGAGAUGGGGAGAGACAGCCACAUGGGAGGAGGAGCCAUGUUCCCACUGGGAGAAUCCACAUUAGCUCUUGAUGAAGAGAUGCUGCAGGUGUUGGAUGCUGUAGAACCCAUGAAGCCUGUAGCGAAGCCCGCCCAGCCAGCAUCAUCAUCUGUCUUUGCCCCAUCACAGUCUCUUAAAACAGCUGCAGACAACCAGAGGGAGACUGACAGAACCUUUAAGCCUAUGGGACCCUACAGGGAUCGCCACAGAGACUCCAGCACCCUGAAGGCAGUCUCUGGGCAUAAUGUUAAUGGAAGGAGACCAGGGUGGAAAGAUGAUUGCAAAGACCUUGCUCAGAGGCUUCUCUUCAGUGAGGACUCUGGGGAAUCCCUGCAAGAAAGUAAAAAUAAUCAGGGCAAAGAUGUCUUCACCAAGGGGAUAGUUGCAUCUAGAAGAAAAAGCUCUCCUCUUAGCAAUGAAGAACAUGGGAAAAACAUGAAUGCUGACUCACCUCUGGAUGCAUCCAGGGACUACAUCUUGUUCAGCCCCACCCGCCUCGCAGCAGCCAUGAAGAAGGCCAAACUCCAGCAGUCGAUCCAGAAUCAGUCCGCCUCUGUGCUCACAGUCCCCAGAGGUCUAGAAAUCAGUGCUCUGAAUGACACUUUACCUCAGCCAGGUGCUGCCUUGCAUGCUCCUGCUGAACAAGCUGAGAAACUGCUGCUGUCCAGCUGGGGUUUACCAAAACCUGUCCUGGAGCGCUAUCAGAAACACGGAGUGACUCACAUGUUUGAAUGGCAGGCUCAGUGCCUCACUGUGGGGCGGGUCCUACAGGGAGGAAACCUGGUAUACUCUGCCCCAACUAGUGCUGGGAAAACUCUGGUGUCAGAGCUGCUUAUACUGAAGCGUGUGCUGGAGACCAAAAGGAAGGCUCUCUUUAUUCUGCCGUUUGUCUCUGUGGCCAAAGAGAAGAUGCACUACCUUCAGAGUGUGUUUGAAGAAGCAGGAGUUCGCGUGGAGGGAUACAUGGGCAGCACGUCAGCUGCAGGAGGGUUCACAGCUCUGGAUGUGGCUGUUUGCACCAUAGAAAAGGCAAAUUCUCUCGUUAACAGACUCAUUGAAGAGGACAGUAUUGGUCUAUUAGGUAUGGUGGUGGUGGAUGAGUUACAUAUGGUUGGAGAUUCUGGAAGAGGUUACCUGUUGGAACUGCUCUUAACCAAAAUCCGUUUUAUUGCACAGAAGCAGAAAACCACUGAGUCUCUUUCUGAGGGGGUACAGAUUGUAGGUAUGAGCGCCACCCUGCCCAACCUCUCCCUCCUGGCUAGUUGGUUAGGCGCAGAGCUUUACCAGACUGACUACAGACCUGUACCUCUGCAGGAGCACCUAAAAGUGGGCUGCAACUUCUACGAUAAGAGCCUCUCUGUGGUCCGCCAAUUCACUCCUGCACUCCACAUUAGGGGUGAUGAUGAGCACAUAGUGAGCCUGUGCUAUGAGACGGUGAUAGAGAGCCGCUCUGUGCUGCUUUUCUGUCCUGCCAAGAACUGGUGUGAGAAACUGGCCGACAGCAUCGCCAGAGAGUUCUACAACCUCAGAUAUACUGAUCAUCAGGGUCAAGCAGAGCCUGAGCCGGUAACUCUGGAUCAGGAGGGACUCGUUGAUGUUAUUGCCCAGUUGAGACGAACUCCAGCUGGUUUAGACCCAAUCCUCCAGCGAACAGUGCCAUGGGGGGUGGCCUUCCACCAUGCUGGUUUGACAUUUGAUGAACGGGAUGUGUUGGAGGGAGCUUUUCGUCAGGGCAAGCUGAGAGUCCUGGCUGCCACCUCCACCCUCUCUUCAGGGGUCAACCUCCCGGCUCGAAGAGUCAUUAUUCGAACCCCCACCUUCAAUGGACACCUGUUGGACCCACUCACAUACAAACAGAUGGCAGGAAGAGCAGGGAGAAAAGGAGUAGACACAACAGGAGAGAGUGUGUUGGUGUGUAAGGAGGCAGAGCGACAGAAAGGUGUGUGCCUCCUUACAGGUUCUCUUCAGCCUAUCAGCAGCUGCCUGGUGAGAAGGGAGGGAGAGGGCGUCACCACGAGCAUGUUGAGAGCCAUCCUUGAGAUUAUCGUUGGAGGUGUAGCCAGCACUCCGCAUGAUGUGAAGUUAUACGCUUCCUGCUCUCUCCUGGCUGCCAGCAUGAAAUGUGACAGCAAGAAAGAAUCAAAUGAAGAGACCAACAAAGGAGCUAUUGAGGCCAGUGUGGAAUGGCUGAUAGAGAAUGAAUUUAUCAGUAUCCAGAGAGAGGGACGAGAGGAGCGGUACUGUCCAACCCAGCUUGGUGCUGCCACCCUUUCUUCCUCCCUCUCCCCUCCUGAAGCUCUUGGAAUAUUUGCAGAUCUCCAGCGGGCCAUGAAGGGCUUUGUUCUGGAGAAUGACCUGCACAUUCUUUACCUGAUUACACCACUGUAUGCAGAGUGGACCUCCAUAGACUGGUAUCAGUUCUUCUGUCUGUGGGAGCAGCUGUCUUCUUCUAUGAAGCGGGUAGCAGAGAUGGUGGGCAUUCAGGAAAGUUUUCUUGCACGAUCUGUCAGUGGCAAGCUUGUCGCCAAAACUGAGAAGCAACGCAGACAGAUGGCUAUCCAUAAAAGAUUUUUCACCACCCUGGUGCUGCAGGAACUGGUGAACGAGGUUCCUUUGCCAACUGUGGCAUCCAAAUACAACUGCAACCGUGGACAGUUACAGUCUCUCCAGCAGUCUGCUUCUACAUAUGCAGGUAUGGUAACAGUGUUCUGUAAGCGCCUUGGCUGGCACAACAUGGAGCUUCUGCUGUCUCAGUACCAGACCAGGCUGAGUUUUGGAGUCCAGAGGGAGCUGGUUGACCUUGUCAGAGUGUCCCUCCUGAAUGCAACAAGAGCCAGAGCACUGUACGCUCAGGGCCUCUGCACUGUGGCUGAAGUCGCGAGAGCUACUGUGGCUGAUGUGGAGAAAGCCUUGAGAAACGCUGUGCCAUUUAAGAGCUCAAAGCGUGCAGUGGAUGAGAGCGAGAUGGAAGCAGCUGAGAGACGGAGCCUCCGCUGCGUCUGGGUCGCUGGUGGUCGCGCCCUGACAGAACAGGAAGCAGCUGUGGAGAUUGUGUCUGAGGCACGGCUCCUCCUUCAGGAAGACCUGGCACAGCUGGGAAUACAAUGGGACCCAACAACACUUCCGCCAGGGGCUCCUGCUGUGAACGGCCCCCAUGAUGGGCACAGUGUGGACUCUGACACAUCGUCUGCUUCAGUUAUCAACUCUCAUGAAGCACAGGUGAACAGUAAAGCUUACCAAGAAGAAGACAGUAAAGAGAAAAGUGACACCAGAGAGGAGAAAAACAAAGAAAAUCCUGAGACAUGGAUAUCUGAAAGGAAAAUAGUGAAAGCAGGGGCAAAACAAGAGGACAGGAAGACUGUGGCUGAAGAGGUAGUAGGAUGUAAAAGAGAGGAAGAAAGGAAGGUAGAUAGCAGACAAUCAGGCUGUGACGUGCAAGGAAAAAGAUGCAAAGCAAUAGAAAACAAUGAAACACAACAAGUAGUAUUAAUGGAAAGAGAGACAGAGGAUAUGGAAACAGAAAGAGGACAACAAAAAGAAAAGGAGACAAAUGAAGAGAUGAACUCAGCUUUGCACGAGAGUCCCCAAAGAAAUCACCCUGUUUCUACAAGAAGCCUGACGCAGGAGCUGGCUGAGAUUUUAUCUAGCCCUUUACCUCAGGCGACACCACUCCUUCAGCCCUCUUUUUCCCCAAUGCCCCCGCCUCGAUUCAGAGCUCCAGUAGCAAGCGUACAAGAAGGACAUAAUGUGACACCCAAAGGAGAUGGCUCCACAGAAUUUCCUGCAUCACCUAGGUUGGCUGGUAGACUGAAACACUCAAGAGCAUUAAGCAAAGUGCUUCACUCCAUACAGACUGACAAAAGCCUACAAGAGGCUGCACAAACAUCCCAUUCAAAAUCUUCCACAGUCCAAAAUUUAGAGCUAGCAGGUCCUGUACUGACAGCUAUUCAAGGCCCCAUACAAGAAAAACCUUUAAGUGUUUCAACACCAAACAAUGCAGAUGUAAUAGACUCUCUUUUGUUCAUCUCUCCUGCUUCAGUUCCCUUAUCCUCUCCUGAAGCCAAGCGUAGGAAGAUUGAUAGCAAAGAGGUGGAGAUGUUCUCAUCUCCUGAACUGUAUGCAGGGAGUGACAGAGAGGAAGAAACUGAUCAAGGUGUUAAAAAAAGAGAGGAUAGUUUUGGUGAAAGCUUUGAAUUGGACUCUCUGACAGAAAGGAUCAUCAUUCAGGAGACUGACCAACCAAGAGACAGAAAAGAUAGAGGAGAUAGAACAGAUCAAAGAGGGGAGGGAACACGAGAAGUGACUGAAGAGAUGAAAAGAAACACAAAUGAGGAGAAUGGCAGGUUUGAAGCUCCUGUAAACGCAUGCUCCAGAUUCAGUAUUUCUCUCACAGACAGUCAGAUGGAGCUCAUCCUUAGCUCCAGCCAACAGAUUUCUCCUGGCCUUGGUUCAGCUGCUGCUGCUGAUCAUGUAGUUGAAGAUAAUGGUGCUGAUCAGAAUGAUGCCCUCUGUCCUGAUCAGGCAGCUUCUGAGAGCGCUAACAGAAGCAGCAGCUUCCUGUUUGACAGCCUGUAUGGCAGCUCUCUGCUGGCUGACCUGACCCCGCCAAGGAUCCUCAGUCAAUCAGACGAUGAGGAGUUGAAGUCAGCAGGCCAGGAGGUCAGAGAUGAGCUCCCUCUUCCAUCAACCCAGCAGCGAAGACGCAGCGAAAUUCUGGCCAAUCAGGAAGCGGAACAGCAGGAGGCGAUCCAAUGGGGCGAGUCUUCCUUUAACCUUUCAGAGUGGGGCGACUCGCUUUAUGUGGGUGAACACUUCCUGGAGAGAAGGAGCUUUCUGAAACACAUAGAGAAGGCUCAGAAAGUGAAAGAAGAGAGUCGUGAUGAAACUAAGCAACACAAUAUAGGUGACCUGCAUGAGGGACAGAUGUCAGUACCACAACCAAGUCACAUACUGGCACAAACCAGGUCUGCAGCUCCAAAUGAGCGGGAAAAGCAACAAGCUAGCAAUGAUCAUGGCCUAAUAUCUAAAACAAAACUGAAUACUAAUGCACAUAAUCAUAAGAAACCAAAUGUCAGAGAGGAAACAAUGAAUGAAGAAGAGGGAAAUGGAAGGAAAAUAAACAAAGGAGAGGAAACAAAAACACCACUGUCAGAUAACGCAGUUUCAAAACAUACAAAUGUCCAACAUGCACCUGAAAGCGCUUUUCACUGCAGCCCUUUUUUACAAGAGAUCUUUGACCGCUGGCCCAGUAUGUCUGAGCAACCCUUGAACAACACAUCAGCAGGCUACACAACCGGUAAUACACACUUAAAAGCAGCAAAAACAGCAGAAGUACGAGAUUUACCUCAGGUGGACAGGAAAAUGGCAAAGCCAAACAUGCAGGUCGCUGCUGCUGGGAGUGAUUCUUUAGAGGAAAAUAAUAUGACAGAUAGACCUGGCUGUGCUGCUGAUCUUAUUCCUCCAACACAGGAAACACCACCUGUCACACCCAAAGUCAAACUGACCACCUCAUCUGUCCAAUCGCCUCUCAGUGUGCAGCCUCUUAAACAAUCAACACCAUCAAUAUGGAAACCAUCAAUUACUAAAAGUACCAAAUCUCUCCCAGGAGACAGCGACCGUCUAUCAGAAGCUGUCGCAAACUCUAAACAACCUAAUUCUACUUCCAGUGAGUGGCACAAACAGGGGAAAACAGUGCAGACUGUACCUGUUCAGCACACAAAAACAAACCCCCCACCACAUGCCAACCACAAUCUCAGCCCUCCACCAGACGCAGCUUCUCCCACAUCCUCCCCCCCGCAGAGGCCCCCCUCUGAUGCAGAGUCGCCUGUGAUUGAUGAAGGCUUUACUCUGCAGCUCUCCCAGGAUGCUUCACUCUGUCCCAGUAAUUCAGGGGCCUUCUCCAUCAUAGACGUUGCAAGUGACAGGCGCCUCUUUGAGACUUUCAUCACUGAGUGGAAAACAAAGGAGCGGUUCUCUCUGGCUUUGGCGUGUGAGAAGAGGGAGCAUGGAGAGCAGCCUGAAGGGGGCAUAGGAGGGAAACAUAAGAGAGCGCCAGCAGCUCAACAGAAGCUGGACAGGGUUGACGGGUUUCCAGUAAGAGACAGUGAUGGACUGGUGUUGAUUGGACUGUCUGUCUGCUGGGGAGCAAGAGAUGCAUAUUAUAUAUCUCUGCAGCAGGAGCAGAGCAGAGGUCUGAGUGCCAGUUUGGCUCCUCCUCCCCUGGAUGAUGAUUUGUUGGUUAGGGACAGGGUGGAGGAGGUGAAGGCAUGUCUAAGGAAGUCAGUUGGGGGUCGUGGGAGAGGUGUGGUUGUAACUUAUGACAUCAUCCAGGUGUACAAGACGCUGGUGCUGAGCUGUGGCAUCAGUUUGAAGGAAAACUGUGAAGAUCCCAAGGUUGCUUGCUGGUUGUUGGACCCUGGCAGUGAAGAGAGAACUCUACCCAACAUGGUGACUGUCUACUGCCCUGAAGAAUUACUUCUACUUGAUGGACUCGGGAACCCACAUUCACACUGUCCUCGUGUUCGAGCAGCAACCAAGAGUGUGCUUGUCCUUGCUGUCAUGAAUCAUCUCACUGGCCUAUUGGAAAAAGACGGCAUGCUGGAUGUGUUCAGGAACAUUGAGAUGCCUUCUCAGGUGUGUUUGGCCUUAUUGGAACUGAAUGGUGUCGGCUUCAGUGUGGAGGAGUGUGAAAGACAGAAACAUGUGAUGCAGGCCAAACUCACUGCGCUGGAGGCUCAAGCUUAUAACCUGGCUGGACAUACUUUCUCCCUCACCAGCAUUGAUGACAUUGCACAAGUGUUGUUUUUAGAGCUUCAUCUGCCUCCAAAUGGUGAUGUAAAUGGAGCCAAAAGUAAGAAGACCCUUGGUUACACCAGGAGAGGAGCCGGCAGAGUACGACUUGGAAAGCAAUUCAGCACCACCAAGGAUGUCCUGGAGAAGCUGCGCCCUCUGCAUCCGUUACCAGGUGUGAUUCUGGAGUGGAGGCGGAUCACAAAUGCCUUGACUAAAGUAGUGUUCCCCCUACAGAGAGAGAAGCAGCACCACCCUACACUGAACAUGGACAGAAUAUACCCCAUUGCCCAAACGCACACAGCCACUGGUAGAGUGAGCUUCACUGAACCCAACAUACAGAAUGUCCCCAAAGACUUUGAGAUCAACAUGCCUACAGUGGUGGGAGAGAGCCCACCUUCACAAGACAGUUGCUACACUAAUGCCAAACCAGGUAAAAAACAUUCUGUGGCCCCUUCAGCGUGUUGUGCAGAAAGCGGCCCCGCCUUCUCUGUCAGCAUGAGACAUGCCUUUGUACCUUUUCCAGGUGGGAUGAUAUUGGCAGCUGAUUAUUCUCAGCUAGAGCUAAGAGUGUUGGCUCACCUCUCCAAGGAUAAACGCCUCCUACAGGUGCUGAAUGGAGGAGCAGACGUGUUUCGCUGCAUCGCUGCAGAGUGGAAAAGUGUUGACCCCGAGUCCGUGAAUGACAACCUCAGACAGCAGGCAAAACAGAUUUGCUACGGCAUUAUUUAUGGGAUGGGAGCGAAGUCUUUGGGGGAGCAAAUGGGCGUGGAGGAGAAUGACGCGGCCUGCUACAUAGAGAGCUUCAAAGCCAGAUACAAAGGGAUUAAUUAUUUUCUCAAAGAAACAGUGAAGAACUGUUUAAAGAACGGUUAUGUCCAGACUCUGAUGGGACGCAGGAGAUAUUUACCUGGGAUCACUAGCGCUAAUGUGCACAUUAAAGCGCAUGCAGAGCGCCAGGCAGUAAACACCACUGUUCAAGGAUCAGCAGCAGACAUUGUUAAACUGGCAACUGUGAACAUUCAGAAACGACUGAGGAAAACCUAUCCUAAUGCUCCACUUUCACACCAGCAUACAAACCCAGCCAGCUCUCUGCGCAGGAGUGAUCUCAGGGGGGCCUUCUUUGUGCUGCAGCUGCAUGAUGAGCUCAUUUAUGAAACAACCGAGGAGGACCUCAUACAGGUUGCUCAGAUAGUAAAAAGGGAGAUGGAGACGGUGAUGAAACUGUAUGUGAAGCUCAAGGCCAAGGUCAAAGUGGGACCCAGCUGGGGCAACUUGCAGGACGUAGAUAUAUAAUCUGAAACUUUUUACUUAUGGUAUCAGAGUGAAAUACCAUGCAUCAAAUAUCAUAUGUUUUGUCAUGUAUGUUAAUGAUGUGAUUUGUACAAAAAAAUCCAUUAUUUUUUAAAAACAAUAAUGAGUUGUAAAAUAAAUUUGUCUAUGACUAAUAUGAGCAAUAAAACGAUCUGUUUGAUGGUCAAAUGAGCUGUAAAUAAAUUAGUACAUUUAUUUAUAAUUUUUUCUGGUGUACAGUGUUACAAAUGUACUUUUUUCUUUGCAAAAAAGAUGGAGGUGUAUUUUAAAUAUUCCAAUAUAUCACAAGAUUCUGUAAAUUAAAGUUUUCUGUAUUUUCAAAAGCUUGUGAUUGCAAUCAUACAAUUAUUAUCAAUAUAUGCACUGGUUGUUUUUGGAUCCACAAUUAAAAAUAAAACAUAGUAAUGAAAUAAUGCUUUAUUUAGUGUUAUUAUUUGGGGUUCCUGUAGAUCCUUGAAAAGUCUUAAAUAGUUUUAAAUUGCACAUUUUAAGUUUAAGGCCAUAAAAAGUCUUUAAAACUCAGAUUUUUGCCAGUGGGAGGUCUUAAAUUUAAAAUCUUGUCCUUAUCCAAUCUUUGUUUUCUAGCUAACCUUGUACGACUUUUAUCAUCUUCCUUCAAGUG